UACAAUCAGCUGUUUGUAAUGACAGUUUCACUGACAAAUACAAAAUGGUCGAAAACUAAAGUUGGCAAACAAAGAAAGGCAUCGUAAAAGUGUUUUUGUAACGUUAAAAACUGUUUUAUUGAGUGAAAGUUAGUGAGCUAAGUGAGUGUGAAGUGUGGCGAGCAGGAUGCUGGACCUGGAGAUCGUCCCCGAGCGCUCGCUGGGCUGCGAGAGCUGGGAGUUCGUGCUGGGCAUGCACUUUUCACAAGCGGUGUCGAUAAUACAGAGCCAGGUGGGCACGAUCCGUGGCGUGCAGGUGCUCUACAGCGACCAGAACCCGCUGGCGGUGGACCUCGUGAUCAACAUGCCGCAGGACGGCAUCCGGCUGGUGUUCGACCCCGUCGCCCAGCGCCUCAAGACCAUCGAGAUAUACAACAUGAAACUAGUUAAGCUUAGGUAUAGCGGCAUGUGCUUCAACUCGCCGGAGAUCACGCCGUCCAUCGAGCAGGUGGAGCACUGCUUCGGCGCGACGCACCCCGGCCUGUACGACAGCACGCGCCACCUGUUCGCGCUCAACUUCCGCGGCCUCUCCUUCUACUUCCCCGUCGACAGCAAGUUCGAGCCCGGCUACGCGCACGGCCUCGGCUCGCUGCAGUUCCCCGACGGCGGCUCCCCCGUCGUCGCGCGCACCACCAUCUACCCCGGCUCGCAGCACAAGCCCGGCGCCGCCGCCGCGCCCGCCGCGCCCGACCUGCCGCUCGCCUGUUACGGCCAUGAGCUGCAGCUGCGCCGCUGCGACGUGUUGCGCAGCGGCGGCGCCACGCUCGGCCUGCGCCUGCACGUGUGCGCCGGCGGCGCGCGCCCCCCCUCCGCCCGCCGCCCGCUCGUGCGCUUCGGCGACUCCUGCCAGGCCGUGGCGCGCGCGCUCGCCGCCCCCGCGCGCCUCUACUACAAGGCCGACGACAAGAUGCGCAUCCACCGGCCCACGGCGCGCCGCCGCCCGCCGCCCGCCUCCGACUACUUCUUCAACUACUUCACGCUGGGGCUGGACGUGCUGUUCGACGCGCGCACGCACCGCGUCAAGAAGUUCGUGCUGCACACCAACUACCCCGGCCACUACAACUUCAACAUGUACCACCGCUGCGAGUUCCGGCUGGCGGCGGCCGCGGUCACCGUGACGGCGUACAGCCGCUGGGAGGCGGUGUCGCGCGCGCUGCGCGUGUGCGAGCGCCCCGUCGUGCUCAACCGCGCCUCCUCCACCAACACCACCAACCCCUUCGGCUCCACCUUCUGCUACGGCUACCAGGACAUCAUCUUCGAGGUGAUGUCCAACAACCACAUCGCGUCCGUGACGCUGUACCGGCCGGAGGGCGCGCGCGCGCACGCCUCCGCCGCCGACGCCGGCGCGUGACGCGG